CUUUGGUCAGAAGACUCCACUAUACUUUCUUCUUGUCUUUUGUUUUUUGCAAGUUCCUUCGUAUCUCAUUUCACCAAAACCAUAUUUUUUGACAAGGACAUGGCAUAAAUCUGUGCAAUGAAAUCAUCGCUUCCAUCUGUUAGCAUUCAACUUUGUGCUUUCCACACAACCGCUGCUGUAAAAAAGGCUCUGCAAAAAAAAAAAAAGCUGUCCUCUUCUCAAAUCUCUUGUCUCCUUGAUCUGUUCAUUGAACCGAGAUCCUGCACAAACAUGUCACAAUACACAAUGCCCUCAAGGACAAGAUCUCUGAACUCUCAUCUCUUGACGUUUUCUCUUACUUUAUUUCUAACUGGUGGAACUGUCCCCAACUUUGGACUGCUCCUGGAUUCUCCAACAUUUCAUAUAACAACCACAAAUCAUGCCGAAACCUUCCAUCAGAAAAUUAAGAGAGUCCUGUCUGCUAAAACUCCACUUAACAUCUGCAUCACCGAACUCCUCAGUGUGACAAAAUACACAAUGCAAUCC